AUGCUUCCCCCUAAUUUGAACCGUAUUGAUGAAGUCGAUGCUCGCGGCACGCCAGCUGAGUUAUUUCCCGUUGCAGAGAUGUACCCCCAGCUCCUGGAAUAUCUAGCGCUGCCGGAUGCUGAGACAGAUCACCAUGCCCAACCGUCACAGUUCAAGCAUCAACUGGGAGUGGCGAUGAGAGAGAUUGAAUCAAAUCGGGCAUCGAUGCGAGAGAAGGCAAGUAUCCGAGAGGAGUGUUCGAAAUUACAACGUGAAAACGCACAAAUCAAAGCGUAUCUUGAUUCCAGGGCCUCACCACAAGAUUCUGCCGCUCCUAGCCCUUCGACGGUUUCACACACCAUCAUCUCAAAACCAGCGUCUGAGCAAAGGGGGAAGGCUUGGGACAGCAUUGCACUUGACAUGUUUUGA